AUGCCAUCAUUGUAUGCAUCUUCGCGUCACUUGGUGGCAUAUUUUUUGGGCUGGCAUGGCCACACGAUGAAAGAUUGUACACAAUCAACCACAGAGCUGCCGCAACGUUGGGUGGACUUCACGCUGUGGUACAACAUGACGUACAAUAUUGGCUGCAUGGUGGGAGCUAUUAUCGGCGGGUGGAUUGCGGACAAGUUUGGCCGUCGCCUCACAAUCUUCCAGGCUGGCUCACUCUUCUGUUUAGGCACAUCAUGGCUUGCUUUUAGUCCUCGACAGGCACAUGUUUCGCUACUUAUGGCAAGAUUUAUUCAGGGCAUGGGAGUCGGCAAUUCAUCAUUUUCAUUGCCACUUUUCGGAGCCGAAAUGGCUCCCAAGGAGUUGCGUGGUUUCCUCUCUGGAUUCAUGCAAAUGACCGUCGUCACUGGACUGCUCACUGCAAACAUUGUUAACCAGAUUAUCGAAGAUCAUCAACGAGGCUGGAGAAUCACUAAUGGCUUAGCUAUGGCGUCACCGAUUGUUGUCAUGCUCGGCAUUUUUUUUGUGCCGGAGAGUCCUCGGUGGACAUACUUGCAUAAAGGCAAAGAUGCGGCAGCCGCUGUUCUAAAACAGCUGAGGCAGACACGUCAAAUUAAACGAGAACUGCGCGCUAUCGGCGCACAAAUUGCGAGGGAAGGACAACCAGGGGGGUACAAGGAGCUCAUGGAGCCUUCAGUAUUAAAGCGUUUAAUUAUUGUCAUACUGCUUCAAGUACUGCAACAAGCAACUGGGAUUAACCCCGUCUUCACGUACGGCGGUCUUAUCUUCAAGGAUGUCUUAGGUAAUGGAAUAUUGUCGGUGCUUAUUCUUUCGAUUGUAAAUUUUAUCAGCACCAUACCAGCAAUGCGGUGGGUGGAUAUAUAUGGUCGUCGACAGUUGCUCCUAAUCGGUGCUCUAGGCAUGAUUACUGGCCAUUUAGUGUCUGCAAUUUUGUUUACAAUCGGUUGUAAUAGCGACACCGAGAGUGCUGGUUGCUCACAGUCAGCAGGUUAUGCUAUCAUCGUAGCAACAUCGUUCUUUGUCUUUAAUUUUGCCAUGUCAUGGGGACCUGUGUGCUGGAUAUACCCGGCGGAGCUUUUCCCACUUAACGUGCGAUCAAUGGCUGUGUCAUUCUCCACAAUGGCUAACUGGCUCAUGGGCGUCGUCAUGACUUGGGUAGUCAAGCUGUUUCCUUUACUGAACAUAAACGGAGUUUUCUUUCUUUUCACAGGCACAUGCGUAAUGAGCGGUGUGUUUGUAUACUACAUGUGUCCGGAAACGGCUGGGAUUCUUCUAGAAGACAUCGAGUCCCUUUUUAACGGCAGCGCGUGUCAUAAAAACUCUUCGAAAGAUGCAGAUGACACACCGUUCCAGUAUACGCAGGAUGAUUGCGUACUUGAAUGA